AUGUACAGCGAUGUGAGCAGUGUGCGAGCGCAGCGUACGUAUGUGAUCCGGAUACGGGCCGAUGUGUAUGCCCACCGAACAGUCACGGCUACGAGUGCCGAAUGUGCGCCAUCAAUACCUGGGGUAACGUGUUCCAGAAGGGAUGUCAGCACUGUGAGUGUGACAUUGCCGGUUCUAUCGGGCAGAGUUGUAACAGCGGAACCGGACAGUGCAACUGCAAGGAAGGCUACACGGGUAGACAGUGCAACGAGUGCGCGAUUGGGUACUACGGUUAUCCGAACUGCCGGCGGUGUGACUGCGAUGAGCGAGGGUCUAUUGGAAGUGCUGAUGGUAGCCUGGACUGUGAUGAACAUGGUCAGUGUCUGUGCAAGGCGAUGACCUUCGGACGGAAGUGUGAUCAGUGUAAGUCGGCUACUUUCGGUUUGGUGUCAGGGAAUCCCGACGGAUGUACGAGAUGCUUCUGCUUCGGUAGAUCUCAGGAUUGUGAGCAGAGUGAGUUUUCAUGGGGGCAAAUUCGGCUGCAAGGCUCGCGGAAUCUGAGCGUUGAGUACGUGGCGAGAGACGAGGAUGAUUACGAUUUUGAUUACGUUGUAGUAAUCCAGCUGGAGGGAACCAAAACUAACAGGGAGGCAGCAGAGGUUAAAAGUAUGAACAACUUGGACUUGAUUCCGAGUUCGACGGGGAAUGUCUCAAUUGGAGCUUAUAGUGCGUUUCAGUACCCACUGUAUUUUCAACUUCCAUCGCAGUUCCUCGGUGAUCGCAUAACAAGUUACGGGGGUUUAUUGAACUUUACAUUAGUUACGGUGGGAGCGUACCAAAAUAUUCCGGAAGAAUCGCUACGACAGUUUCCCUUGGUUCAGCUGCACACACACGAUGAACUCGUUUUGGAUUAUUACGAAGAUCGGAUAGUUUACGAUAAGGAAGUUAUCCAACAUUCAGCGUUAUUGCAUGAGAGAUUCUGGAAACAUCACUACGACGGCAGUGUGAUCACACGGGCUAUUCUUAUGGUUGCACUUCAAAACGUAAAGCACGUGUUCGUAAGAGGCACUAUCAGUACGGAUUUUCGUCAAGUUUUAUUGACGAACGUUACCUUAGAUAUGGGAAUCUAUGUAGCCGGUGCAGAAAACAACCACGCCUACGGAAUCGAGCGCUGUACCUGUCCUGUUGAAUACAGUGGACUGUCGUGUCAAAAUCCAGGAUCCGGUUUCUAUCGGUUCAAGCCGCAGGUGCCGAACAAGCUACCGGAGACGAUCGAUGAAUACAUCGGGAAGAGUCUUCUGUGUGAGUGUAAUGGUCGUAGCAACGAGUGCAAUCCGGAAACUGGAGUUUGUCUGAACUGUCGUAACAACACCGGUGGUGAUCACUGUGAAAUAUGUGCGGAUGGGUACUACGGCAGCCCUAAUCAUGGAUCGUGCCAGGCGUGUCCAUGCCCGGAAACGAGGAAGAACUUUGCCAAAGGCUGUGUUGUUCAGGGUGACGAAGUGAGCUGCAUCUGCAAACCUGGCUACACGGGACGGCUGUGCGAAUCCUGUGAAAAGGGCUACUUUGGGUUUCCACAUCUGGAGGAUGGUCGGUGCGAGUCUUGCGGAUGCAAUCGCGAAGGUAGCAUGUCGGAUGAGUGUGACGCUUGGACUGGACAGUGCCGUUGUAGAGCGGGAAUCACUGGAAUGAAAUGCGAUCGCUGUGAGCAGCCUAAGCAUAUUGUGCAGAACUACAAGUGUAAACAAUGUGACAACUGUACCGUAACCUUGAUCGACGAUUUCACAUAUCUCACUGACCAUUUGGAUCGAGAAACGGCUCACAUCGAUAAGAACGGCAUUCCAGCCCCUUGGCUUGAGCUGGAACGGUUUGAACAAGAAUCGGAAACUUUGGGAGCUUCAGUGGGAAUGCUUUUGGAUGUGAAGGACCGUGUGGUCAAUUUCGAUCAAUCCAUACUGGAUAACAUGAAACGCAAUGCAAGUAGAUUGAAUAAACAGCACAACAAAUUUGCAAAUCGAUUGAAUGAAUUCCGGGACAUUUCGGUCAUAAAAACAAUGGAACGAUCUACUGUGCUGGCAGACGACAUCCACGAAAUGAAGGACGACAUUGAAGGCACGAUCAGAAUCCUGAACAACUACGGAACCAGCGAUAGUCACAUCAAGCUUCCAGCUGCGCUAAAAGAAGCAACCGAACUCCUGGAUGACAUCAAACUCAAGUACGGACAGAGCAAGCGACGGCCGGAAGUUUUGGAGUGGGCGCAACGGCAGUACGAUUUGUUGGGAAAUAAAUCGGAAGUAUUGCAGCGGCAAAACAAAAGGCUGGAUGACUACAUGUAUGAAGUUCUGGUGUUCAACGAUCGGAUGCAGCACUUUGAGAGGUUGAACAAGGAGGUGUUCAACAAUGCAACAUUGACCGAGACGUUUUCCAGCAAAAAUCGGCGAAAGAUGGCCGAAGUGGAGCGGAAACUACACCAGGCAGAUGAAAUGGUUGAUGAGGUGGAUGGUUUCUUGGAUGAAAACAUCUUGGCGGAAACUGCGGUCAAACAUGAGCAGAUCAAGGAUAACCAUCUUCAGCUGGCCCAAAACAAAAAUAAUUUGAAGUACUUGAACGAUGCCUUGGAACACACGAUUGUGGAAUUUGACGAAAAAUUUGAAGGACUGGUGACGAAUGAAGUGCCAGCAGCGAAGGAACAUGCGAAUAGAUUGAAGAAGGAGUCGGACGAGUUUCAGCAGCUGUUCAAGGAUACGGAGGAGGGUGCCGCGAAUGCUAUGAAAGCUAGUAUGGCUUAUGAGAACAUCGUGGCUGCUAUCGUGUCGGCUCAAGAAUCUGCAGACAAUGCGACGGAUAGUGGAAGAGUGGCGAACAAUAAGGUUUAUCCGCUUGGGGACGUUUCGCUUGUGGAGCGGAGUGAGCACGCGGCGAACGUAUCAUCGAAUAUUGAAAAGAAAGCGCACAAAGAACUGGAAAAGGCCAACGAGUUGAACGAGGUUAUGGUAUCCAAAGAGAAGCAGGUUGAAAGUUUGCAGUACAAAAUGCGGUUGGCAGGGGUAGAUAAUAACAGGAUUGUGGAGGAAGAAGGACUGAUCACGAGAGGUGAUGCGAUGAAGAAACUACAAGGCACAUUGGAUCAAGCGAAUAUCGUCUCCGAUCAGAUGAAGUUUGUUCGAGAAGAAGCUGGUGUGUUGAACAGCGACGUCUACAAGUUGAAACUAAAGCUGGCGAAAUUGGAACCGGAAUGGGACACAAAGUUUGGAAUGGCGGAAGAAAAUGUUUCACAGUCGCUGAGUAAUAUACUGAAGGCCAAAAAGGAGCUGAGCAGUGUGGAGAAGUUAGAGAAGAUUCAGAGUGAAAAGUUCCGAACUUGGAAUGCAUCCUUCUCGGCUCAGCUUCAGGAACUGAAGGAUAAGAUUGCCCGGGCCAAACAUGCAGCGGAAGGGAUCCGCGUUUCGCUCGAGUCUCAGAACGACUGCGUGCGCUCGUACGCUCCGGUGUCCUACGGUCCAUCUACAACGAACCGUAUCAUGAUGUCGGUAGCCCUGAACUCGGAUACCAUGGAUUCACCGCUGAUCUUUAUGCAAGGAGAAAACCAUCGAUUCAUUGCACUCGAAAUGUACAAACGAAGAAUUCGUUUGGUGUGGAAUCUGGGCGAUACAGCGGUGGUCAUCACCCAUCCAACGGAAAUCAAGCAGCGUGAUCCCAAGUACGACGACGCAUGGUAUUUCAUCGAAGCGAACCGAACGCUCAACUUGGCGAAUCUGAACGUCCGCCGUAUGACACACAGUGGUGUUCUAGUUCAUGCAAACUCCGUGGAAGGUGCCAGUAGCGCUUCGUUCUCAACAAUUACCAUGGGCCCGAGCAGCCGAAUUUGGAUAGGAGGAGUCCCGGAAAAUCUACAAACUCCGGAACUUCUGGCAAGAAAUGGUCUUGGAGUAGUGCUGAGCCAACUGUACAUAGAUCAACGACAGCUUGGUCUGUGGCACUUUAUGUCGUCCAGCGGCAAUUGUGGAGGUGCCAUGUUAGGACCUCAGGAAAGCUCCAGCGCAACCAACGAGAGGCACUUCAAUGGAGAAGGCUACGCUGUGUUGCAGAAAUCGUCCAGUCAUCGCAGCAAGAAUCAGUUCAGUUUGACCUUGAGCUUCAAGACGCUGGAUGAAAAUGCCUUGAUCUUCCUGGCGCUGGAUGAGGUCAAUAAUCGAUCAAUCUCGCUGACACUCUACCAAGGGCGCCUGGUGUUCCGAGUAGACUACGGAGGUGACUCUAAACUGGAGAUCAACACCACGAACCGCUACAACAACGGCCAAUGGGUGGUUGUCGAAGCAGCUCGAUCCUUUUCCAAAGGUAGCACCGAAAAUGGAAUCCUCAAGGUGGACAACAAAGAGGAGUUCCGCGGGGCUCCAACGAAACCUAUCAACUCAGGCAUGUUACCGAAUUUGAGUGAGAACUACUAUCUCGGUGGCGUGCCUCCUGGUUUCAAAUCCGGGACAACUAAAGCCCCGGGCGCAGAUCAUGCGUUCCUUGGCUGCCUCAAAGGUGUUCAGAUUACUGGGGUUUCUUAUGAUCCGUUGGAUAGCUCGAAACACUUUGGUAUAGAGGGCUCUUGUAUCGACACUAUAAGUAGGGCAGGAUUCUACGGGAACGGUUACGUGGAGUUCCCCUCUCAUAGCCUGAGGAAGCGGGCUAAUUUUGGGUUCGUUUUCAGAACACUAGAACCAAAUUGCUCUCUUCUACUGUCGGGAUUCCCGUCAAGUUUGUCCAAUGAGUACGACUCUAAAGACAUGCGUGGAAACUACUCCGUAUUCCUCCACGAAGGUAAACUAAAUCUAUGGGUAGAUUCGGGAGCAGGUAGAGUUGAGCUGGAAUCCAACAACACCCUAAACGAUGGGGAGUACCACGUUCUUAAAGUAAUUAAACGAGGAAGGGCAGUGGAGCUACGAGUUGAUGAUGAGUUCCAAGGAGCAAAGUCUCUGCCGAAGCAGCAAGCCUUAGUCAACAUGCCCGGAGAAUUGGGAGGUCUAUUCUUGGGAGGUGUUCCAGAUGACCCAGCAUUCGAUCCGCUCUCUAAAACAUUCAACGGACUGAAGGGCGUCAUCGCCAACGUUGUGUUCAACAAUCGGACAGUGUCGUUCGAUCAGGCACUCAAUUUCACUAACGUCCAGAUGGGCCGAUCCGGACCAGAAAUGGGUUCGAACAUUUUACACACGACGCUACAACAGACUCAACCUUUCAGUCGAAGCUUUAAACCUCCGCCAGAAGGAUGCAAUAGGGGUCGAUUCCAGGUCGGAAGUUAUUCUUACGAACCGAAUGCCUUCAAGUAUGGUGACAAACCUCAAAGCCAUUCGAUAGUAAACGUAGCAGCACGUCACCUGUGGCAGCGAAAUUUCAACAUCCAGUUCGAUUUCCGCACCUUCUAUCCCAACGGAGUGCUGUUCGUUGCGUUGGGCUCCAAAGACAAAGCGAAACACUUCAUCACACUGGGUCUGAAGGACGGGUCCCUAGCUCUAACGGUGCGGGGUCGCAAACGGGAUCAACUGGUGCUGCCGGUGAAGCUGAACGAUGGCCAAUGGCACCACGUCUCUCUGAACAGCAUCAAGAAGAAAGCCACGCUAAGCGUUCAAAUCGGAAACGGGCUCAGCUCGGCGCAGAUUAAACUACCAAAGAAACUGAAUGCAGCCAACAAUCUGUUCAUUGGAGGCAUCCCGGACGAAACGCCACUGCCGAAGGAGCUCCAACCGAAGCCGGAGGAGUUCAAGGGAUGUUUGAAGAAGUUUUCCGUGAACAACAAUACUCAGGACCUGGCAAGACCGGGACGGCACAUGAACGUCGGACAGUGCUUCCCCCGGAUCGAACAGGGCUCGUAUUUUCCGGGUGACGCUUAUGCAAUCUACAAGCGCAACUUCAACGUAGGGAAGUUUAUGGAUGUCGACCUUGAACUACGAACUUCGGAAGUGAACGGAAUUCUGAUGAGUGUUGCCGAACCCAUCAAUGGUUUUCCAGCCUUCUCGCUGGAGAUUUCCAACGGAAACGUAAUUCUCUCCAUCGAUGUUGGUGACGGAUAUCCCAUCCGGGUACAAAGCACACUUCCUUCCAAGUACACCCUGUGUGACAAUCGGUGGCACAACGUGUCCGCCUUGUACGAAGACCACCAGAUAGUGCUUCGAGUGGACGAUUAUCCACCGAACACUCUACUGGUGCAAUCCAACGACGUCCUACGAAGGGUAGCGACUAAGGCACCUCUCUACAUUGGAGGGCUUCCUGACACCGCACCCAGUGGGACGCUCCUCCUACGCGAAAACUUCAAGGGCUGCAUUCGAAAUGUGGUGAUUCGAAACGAACGAAAAGAUUGGACCGAUAUGGACAACCUUCAUAAUGUGUUACUGAGCGAGUGUCUGGCUGUUAACUAGGAGCUCGCAUCGACCACGACGGCAUAUAUGCAUAUUUGUGCCUGUAAAUAGUAGAACAUUCAUCAUCAAGCCAUUACGCUUACUUAAUAAGAGUAGUUGCAAGUGUUGUAGUGAAAAUUGCCUCCAAUUUUCGGCGGAUCAUCGUCCGAAGCUCCGAGGAACUCUGACAUACCAAAAAACUUAAUACUUAUAAUCUGUAUAAACGUAACGAAAUGCUCCGAGAGGCUUCCUUCCUGUGUAUGUUUAGUAUUGCGCUAUAGGUUAGCCAACGAAAGAAGAAAAAAAAAAAUUAACGUCGAUGUGCCUUCUUGGACGCUUUCUCAAUGUAUGAUAGAAACGUAUGCGUACAAACCACCGAUCCUAAGCCUUUGAUUAUUAUUUUAUUAGUAGAACAAAUGAAACAAACCAUGUGUUCUUACCGCGAAAGUCUUGUAAAAUACAUUCAAGUCAUAACUCUGUUGAAUAACGUUAAGUAUUUAUUUAGAACGAACAAAAUAAUGCUUACCACUGCCAACCAACGUUUUCAGUGUCGUUCCUGUUAUUUGAACAUUUUCUGACAAAUAAAUAAGAGCUUAUCGUAAGAUAAUGUUGCUGCCAUAGAAACACAUAGAAUUAUUGUAUUUAAUGUCGUAUUUAACAUAUAAAGAGCUUGUUCAUAGGAAAUGUUUCCAACAUCGAAGGUGUAAAUUGUUUAUGUAUUCAUCCUAAUUCUAUCAUCUCUAUAGGUAAAACAUUUUUAAGUUCACAUAAGGAAAUGCAGUUGAAUGUUUCUGUGAAAUGGAUCAAAGAAAAUACACUAAUAUUUUAUAUGUAACUUCGGCCUGAAUCAGUUCAUUUCGAAAGAAAACAUUAUU